AUCUUUAGGGAGUUUUUUAAUAGUUACAGUCUUCAUGCAGCAGAGAUUAAAAAAUAUGUCCAACGUGUAAUUUUUUUUACACCCUUUCCUUCCUCUGUUUACACAGGUUUAGGUCCACCUGCAAUCUAGCAGUGCUUUUCUUCAAUAUUUAAUUUACCAUUUGAUAGAGUUGACUGCAAAAUAUUUAAGCAGGGGGCUGAGAAAAGAUACAUGAAGCCCAAAUUUAUAAGUUAGGUACAGUAAGUAAAGAAAGAUGAAGCCCGCAAACUUGAUCAAUAGAGUGCAACGAGCCUCUUUCCGAAGGAAGGAUGGGCAUUGAUUGGGCCUUAAGUUUCCAGCUUGAAGCCCAGCCCGCUAUGUGACUACAUUCUAGAAAAAGUGCGGCACAAGUGCCGCUCAUUUUGAUUGGUCCACCUAGACUAUGAUGUGGCACUGACUAAGCUUAUUAUUACACUACUGUCAAACUCAUUGGCCCAUGAGUAGUGGCCCAAAACCGCAGCUGCCCACACAAACAGAAAAGCAUCGUCGUUUAUCUGUUUGUCUUUUAUUUUUCAUUUAAUUCCUUUCACUUUAAUUAAUUGGCUACUUUAUUUGGUUUUUCGCCAAAAACAAGGAAUCAGAAAAAAACAAACCCAAAAACACUUGUAUGUUCUUCCUCGAUAUUCCUCUCUGGCGGACUGCACUUCCGGUGACUUCUCGGUUUUCACUAUUGGCAAUCAAUAGCUUUGAAAGCUAUAUUGAAUUAAUUAUCCCGUAUUAUUUUUAGAUACGAAAAUAAGAAGAAUAAUUAAUAAAAAGAAUAUUAUGGAGAUAAUUAGGAUUAAUUAUCUUAAUAUAAUAUAUUUUAAUUAUGAAAGUAAUUAUCUUCCUAAUUAAAAUGUGGCUUAUUCCCAAAAAAAUAGGGAAUAUUCUAGGUCACUCUCUUUAAGACGUUUGCGACAAUGCCUCAUUAUUCGCACAACAGACUAUCAGUCAGUCGCCUUCGGAAUAAAACAGCCACUCUGAUUUUGUUGCUCGUCGAUUUUGUGUGAAAACCGGAGCUCUAUAAAUUAAAUCUCUCUCGUGUUUCUGCUCCCGCGACUCAGCCAGAUCAGUAACCCUAAUUUUUCCGUUCGGUUUUUAACAAUUUUAAGACGUUGGUUGUUGUCAUGAUUACCGAACAGGUUGGAUUAUCCAUCCGGCUUCCACAAAUCCAAAUCACUGCUCGCCGCCAUGCGUGCGCGCCGUCGCUCACUCUCAAACACGAGUCGCCUACGUGCCUUAAGAAAAAACUCCCCUGUGAAUUGGAAAAUUUACCCCAAGCCAAGGAAAGGAGGAAAAACCAGACGAUCGACUUCACGAUUGAUGUUGGUCCAAAAUUUGUGAUUGGGCAAGCGUUUUCGCAGCUAACUACACGUGUGGGAAGGGGACGAAGGAAAAGCCCCAAUUUCGAAAACAAAUUUGAGAAUCGCGUCGAGAUUUCCAAAUUCCAAUUUCGUUCGUGUUCCUCCAUGCAUAGGGUUUCCUAUAUACUUCCGGCCAUGGAUUCCGAUCUCACUGUCCCGAGUUCCGGCUAUGAUCCCCAACACCCGCCGCUUCUGCCUCUGGAUACAAAUCUUGCACCCUCGAGCGACGAAUCGGCUCUGGUAUCCAGCCCUGAAACUGGAUCAGAUGCCGCCACAAUUAAUCCCAGCUUAUACCCUUUCCCUGCCGAGCAUCAUCAUCGGCCGCUAUGAAAAAAAAGAAGAAAAAAGCCCGAUCAGUGGCUAGAACAACCGCUCCACUAAAGAGUUUUUGUUCAUUUACCUGCCACCGCUGAUGGAAGGAAAAGACGAAGUUGAAGUCAAUUGGAAAAAUGGAUCCAAAAAUUAAAUGGGCCAAAGACAGAAAGGGCAAAGAGGAAGUGAAGCUAACACCCAGCAGUAGCCGCCAGUCGAGGGAGAAGCCAACCAUGGUGCGAUACGCUUCAGCGGGCGUCACUCCACUACGUGCCACAGUCUUUUGUCUCUCGUUUUGUAGCUUCGUCGGCGGGAUAGGUUUUCCAGUACGUGGGGAGGGGAAAACAAAACAAGCUUGACAGAGGAAAGGCUUACGACAGAGACCGCUGCUCUAGGGAAGUAUAAAGCUGGGAUUUCAUUCUGUCCAUUUAAUUUCCCAUGUUAAAGUGGACUCACACUCACAUGAGAAAUUUUGUGAUAGGUUACUUUAGUGGGCCUUGAACUGAAGUAUGGCUGAAGGGAUUUGGGCCGGGUUGUGAAACGGGACCAAGUGACACAGCAUUGCAUGGGAUUUUGACUCUCCUAAGAUGGUGGAACUGGCACUUCUGCUGCUCCUGUUUUGUGGCAGUUGUGAAACGAAGAACUACUUGGAAACUAAGAAGUUAUGUGUGGCAUGCACCGCAAAAGUCAGAUUCUUGAAGAGAGGUAAGAAAUGAAACUUUCCUCAUGAGUCAUUAAUGAAUGACAAGGGUUUUAUGCAUGAAAUUGAGAAAGGUUAUGAAUUCUAGAAUGAAAGCUUGAAUUGAUGCAUGAUAAGUUGACAUUGAGAUAUAUUACGUAUCUCGAUGAUUAGAACAUAAAUUGAAUACAUGCUAUGGAAAGAAUGAUCUUGCCUAAAUGUGUACAUUGAAGAAUAUAUGGGAAUAGAAUGAGUUUAUUGCCCAUAAUAACAAUAUUGUAAGAAGUACUAUUAUCAGUACUACACGAACCACAAAUUUAAAGAUCGCCACCCAAUCCUCUAAGAAUGACGCUAUGUUUCUCUGUUAAAUUUGUGAGAAACUAGGUCAUAAGACACGAAAGUGUAAGAACAAGUUUAACAUAGUGUUAACUUGACUAAAUAAGAGGAUUUGGUGGUAAUAAUCACUAAUGGGGUGAUAAGCCUUAAUGGCAAUUCUGAAGAAUGGUGGUUGGAUAUUGACGCCUCAAGGUAUGCAUAUGAUGAUAAAGCUAAAUUGUUGAAUUCUUUUGUGUCUGGCAUGCACGUCUUUGACGUAUAUCGUGAAGAAUUGAAAGAUAGAGUCACAUUCUCAUAAUUGUUUGUGAUAAAUAUAUGGUUUUCAUAAAGAAACUAAAAGACCCAUAAGUAUAUGACUAGAGAAUCAGAAUCCUUGUAUCUGAUUCAUUUUGAAAUGGGAGAAUGUAAUGAGAUGACAAUUUGGAAUAAUGUGAAAUGUUUUAUCACAUUAUUAUUGAUUGCACUAAUUAAAGAUGUGAUGCUUUUGACGUAAAAUGUUAUUUAUGAAAUUUUUUAUAGGGUAUAGUUCGAGAAUUAGUGCAAUACAAGAUGAGCAUGAGAGUGUUUUAUUAGUUGUGCUAUCAGUAGUAGAACAUAUAAGCUUGUGUAAUGAAAUACUCUUUGUUAUGUGAAAUCCAUUGAUGUCAUUCCAUUUAAAUCGUGAAAUAGUGGGGGUGAUAUCUUGUCUGCUAUUAGAACUAAUGGAUCUAGUAGGGUUGAUGAAUUUGAGUAUGAAUUCACAAGAGACAAAUGAACAAUAAAUCACUAAAGGAUUUUGGUUAUGAAUUUGUUAUUACACCCUAAGAAAGAUCCCACAAGUCUGUUUGAAGUUUGAACUUCCAUAAAUAUGCAGAUUCGUGGGAGAAUCCAUUAUUAACGAAAUGGAAUUUGUGGAGUCUAGUAAGACUUAGAAUCUUGUAGAGUUGCCUCUUGGUUAUAUAGCCUUGGGUAAUAUAUCGGUGGAACCGAACAAGAUUUGGCAUCUUUGAGAAUUACCUCCUGGCAAUGAAGCCAAGGUAAUAAAUGGAUUCCUAAAAGGAAAGCUGAAACCUGAUGGUUUAGUUUAUGAGUAUAAUGAUCGCCUAGUAGCUAAGGCUUUAGGUGAAAAGGAAAAAUUGUAGAUUUCUUUGAUAUCUGUUCACCAAAUCUAGAAUAACAUUCAUGUAUGGUCUGAUUAAUGUUGAACAUUUGAUUAUUUUUUUAUCGUUACAUCAAUCACAUGUACCAUACACGACAUACAAAAUGAAUGUAUCAAAUACGAUCUAAGAAUUUAGUAAACAAGCCUAGUUCGAACUCUACUCGACUCGGCUCGUUAACAAAUGGCUCGAGCUCGAGUUCAACUCAUUUGUCAACGAGUCAAGCUCAAACUGGGGGUAAAACUCGGCUCAUUUGCAACCGUAAGUGCAACGAGCCUCUUUCUAGGCUAGCCAGCCAGCCAACUGGGCAUUGAUUAGGCCUUAAGUUUCCAGCUUGAAGCCCAAGCCCGCUAUGUUUCUACAUUAGGCAUUCGAGGGCUGGCCAAUAAUCUUGGAUCGUUGCCAACUACUCUUUCACGUUAGGCAUAAUGAGAUUGGCAUUUUGGAUCGUUGAGAAGCUAAGAAGGUUGUUGGUUCACCACCUCCCUGAAGAGAAGACACUUUUUAAUCUCUAUCCUCUCCCGUCUCAAAAGAGGAAGUCAGAGGAGUAGUUCUUGGAAUGAAGAUAGAAAAAUCACCUGGCCGAGUACAUACGAAUUCUUAUAAGACUUGUUUUAGAACAACAGUAGCAAAAAAGUGACGCAUUCAAUGCGAGACUUUUUUCGAGACACGCAAUGUGUUCAAAGAGAUAAAUUGCAGUAUCUUAAUUCUGAUCCCAAAAACUCCUAAUGCAGACACAAUGAAAAUAGUUUCACCAAUCUCAUGUUGCAACUUUAUUUAUAAGUGCAUCUUCCAAGCUACUAGCUAUUAGACUAAAAGAGGUAUUGCCAU